CGUAGACAGAGAAGGUAGAAAUAAGCAAACCGUGAUUUGGUAAAUUAAAUAAAUUGACAUUAAAAAGCUUUAAACUUUUAAAGCAACUAAAAAUAGCAUUUUAAUACAUUAUUUGCCGCAUGAGGCAAUUAAUAUAAUAGCAAGACUAAUAACGACUGUUUAGAAACAACUGCUUUCUUAGUUAAAUUUUUUCAAAAAAAGAGUUGAACACAUUCUCACGAUGCGCUUUAUGAUACAAAUAUUAGGAUUUAUUAUUUUUGUAUUUUUAAUCUCAAAUAUUGUAACAAAACUUGAGAAUUUAUCAGUUGAGCUUGAUAAAAAUACAAAUGUUGAGGCAAAGGAUUAUGUCUAUAAUACUACAUCAAGAAAUAAUGCAUAUAUAAAGAAAAAAAAACAUAAUUACAAUUAUUCUACUAAAGAAAUUUAUAAUUUAACAGCUUUGACAGUUGCUUUCGCAGCAAUAACAAUGUGUACGUGUAUAUAUAUAUGGGAAAAUACCAGAUGUGAAUGUAACAUACGGUAUAUCAGAAGAAACUGUUCUCGCUUUAGUAGAUGUUGCGUUGAGUACAUUCAUAAUUUUCCGAAUGAUCCUCCUCCACCCAAACUCAUUAUUCGUCAACCAGUAGCAGCUGAUUAUCAAGAUGUAUAUCAAAUGCCUAGUAGCUCAGUGUAAGGCAUCACACUUAAUUUCAGAGUUAUGCAUUAAUAUUAUUGCAAAUUGAUUUAUAAAUUAAUAAUAAUUAUGAAUGUAGAAUUAAAAUUUCCAACAUAUUAAGUGCAAUUACUACUUCAUUACUACUUCGAUCUACAACUUUAAGUCGUCAACAUUGACGGACAAUGCAUAUUUUGUGCGUAACUUGUUCAUAAAAUAAAAUAUUUUUUGACACGCAUAUAUAGGGUGCAAUGACAAUAUAGAAUGUAUCACAUUGUAAGUU